CAGCAAGGCUUGUGAGGUCUCCACACGAGCGGUGGUUCCGCGCGGCUCGCUGCACCAUUGCUCACAGCGCUCCCUGACACUGACUUGCUCGCUACGCACACAUAAUGACAUGCUCCUGAACAUGGAACCCUCGGUGGAUCCCUCCAAGGCGGAGUUAGUCGAGCAGCCGGUGGAUGAAGUGUUCAGCGAGCGGCAUGAUGACAUGCACCAGUUAGUGGAGCAUUUUGAGGAUCCUCUCAUGACGGAGAUAAAGCAGGAGCCAAACAAGAACACUCUGCUGCGUGUUCCGUCUUUCAUCCCCCAGCACACCUUGAGGCAGGAGGGUGACAGGUGUGACAGCUCCCAGGACCAAGUUGAAACUGAGCAGCAAGAUGUGACACACUCAGUGACCGACACCACUAUGGUGACAGGCAAGAGGAAGAAACUGGAGUACUUCACCUUCCAAGAACUGCGGAAGCUGCUGAAGGUCGGCCAUCCGGAGCGUCGUGGCCUGGGUGCCUCGCCGGGGCCGCCUCACGACCUUCCGCCCCGCCUCACAGAGCGUCACUUCCCUCGCUCCUUUCCCGCGACGCCGCAGAACAAGACCCCGCAGAGAAAAUGUUACGUGUGCUUCUACUCGUCAAAACGCCGGAAAAAGAGAACACAGACACGGUAUUUGUGCAGGAAAUGUGCCGUGCCCCUGUGCAUUGAGCCGUGUUUUGAGGAGUAUCACACCCUGUUAAAUUUCUAGUACUGUGCGUAUUCUAGAAACAUGCUGCCUGUGCUGGAAAUAUGAAGUGUUCCUGUAUAUUGAGCUCCCUUGUGGGGAAUACCACUUACUGUUGAAUUACUAGCAUUCUCAUACUAUAUACAAACAAGGAGCACCCAUGAAACUUGUGCUGUUAAGGCAGUGAUACUUAGAUGAGGGAAUGGUCCUUGUGGGGAGAGCUGAUUGGGAAUACAUACGUAGACUUAACCAUAAGAGUGUAGCUUUCAUACUGUUGAACUCUUUUCAUACUUAUUCUUUGUUACUAUUUUUCAGGCAUCUUUUUCCUUCCAGUAUUUUCUGCAAUGUCUCUUUUAUGUCUUUCUUUUCAGUAAGGUCAAGGAAACUCAAAGAAAUAUGUGUGAAACCUGUACUUUGAUUUGAGCACGAUACAAAAUUACAGAUAUGUUUGUUCCUUUAAGCACACUUGGGAGAAAAAUAAAUGCACAGUUGUGAUCAGAUCAUGUCAGGUCAAAGUGAAAGAAUAUUUUCAGAAAUUACACUUUGGCAUGAGCAUGAUACAAAGAUUCCAAAUGGUGUGUUAGUUCCUAGAUUCUCACUUUGAAAAUAUAAAUGUGCUGUGGCGGUGAUGUUCCUUGAUGCAGACGUGUGUGGUGCUCUGUGUUGCAGGCGGGCAGGCUGCUUCACUCGCCACAGAGAGGCACGCUGCGGGGCUGCAGCUACGUCUUAAUAUUAAUGGAAAAAGAAACUACUCAAUGUUUUAUGUACAGUGUGGAAUGAAGCUGCUUCCAUGGGGCAGUCUGAACACAUGUGAGUGAAUCAGAAUUUAUGAAUAUUUGAUUUAUUAAUUUUCAAAGUUAUGAAAGAAUGUUCAUCAUUAGUAUUCACAAACAGAAAUCUUUAAAAUCAUUAUCAAGUUUACAAAUGAUUUACUUACAAGCGUAUUUUGAGAAACGUGAACUCAUUCAUAAGCUGUGAUUCACCCGUACAACAUGGAUUUAUGGAUGUGAGAUUGGCAUUACAUAGAAGUCUGUGUGACAGAUCCUCAUUUGUACUUUUGAGUUACAUCUGUUUGUGUGUUUGGGUGUUUGCGUGGCCUCUGGCUGGACACACUUAGGACUGGGAAGGGCUAAGUGUGUGCUGCUGCCUCACAUGCUGUCAUGCUAACCCUUUGAUUGCUGUGGCUUCUCAAGUCUAAUAAUAAAAUGUGGAGCAAGUUUACAUUAUAAUUUUGAAAGACACCACGUAAGCAAAAAGAAUUGUUAUAUUUUUGUUCACAAAAUCAAGUUGAUUUGCUCUAAUAACAGGUGUUGUAUUGUCACUAACAUUCAAAGGGUUAAGCAGUCUCUUUUAACUACAGGAGUUUGUACAGUCUGUUGAAGUGAACCCAAAUGUUUAUGUGGUGCCUUCACCGACACCAUUCAGCUAAAACCAAGCCUCUUUAUUCCUUCAUGACUUAAACAAAUGAGUUAUAAGAAUAUAAUAACAAAUAAAAUGAUUUCAUUCAA